GGAUACUACCGACAGUGUGGCAUCGAAAGGAGUCAGUUUCCGCGUAGUCUUUGGCACGUCGAUCACGCCAGGUGUUGUUUACCUACCUGUCCGCUCCGCGUAUCUUUACCUUAUGCGCGAAGGAAAGAGAGAGUACAGAGAGACGUACAUAACAAUAAGAGGCAAACAUAUACAUACAGGAACGAGAAGAUCUUCGAGAAGAUCGUCGAGAAGAUCGUCGAGAAGAUGCGUCCGUCACACCGGCAUGCUCACCGCGUCCGAAUCGUGCUGUUGUCGCUAGUUGCAGUUUUCUUAAUGCAAAGCUUCGCAGCAUCGGAACCGGCAAAAUCGAACACGACUAGCGCUAUUUCCGAGAAUGAGGAAGAAGAGCUAUUCGAGAACAUGAAUCUGACAACAUUCAAGGAAAGGUACCGGAGAUUGAUACCGUACAUGACUUUCUACGUCGCCAAUAACUACUUGCACGCCCAAGCUACGUUGGAGCAAAAUUAUGUAAAAGAUCCAUCGAUCAACUUACUCCGGAAAUCUCCGCCAUCGCAACAUCCUUUGAUCCGGCUCGGCGGUGUGCCAAGGCGAGGAAAUAACAAAUACCGCGUCAAUUCACCCAGUCAAGACAAGAAGUUCGUUCCAUCCGUGCAAUUCGAUCCCAGAAACAUCGGAGGCGACAACGACUACUUUGCACCGGUCAAGUACAGCGCCAAGAUCAACUAUCCCGACUAUUCCACUCCGUCUUAUCAGCUCUAUCAGAUUGAAAAGACUUAUCCCGAGAUCACUACGCCUUCCACUCAGAUCUUGCACAAAGAAAAUCGAUAUUUCGUCACGAGACCCCUGCGACCUCCUGUUCCCCCGCGGGAACCGCUGUUCGGCGACCUACAGGACGAUUACGACCAGGAUACGGCAAAGAUUCCGAAUGUCAUCGUUAACUAUCCCAGUAAAGAAUUCGAAGGUCUCAGAUACAUUCCGCCGCCGAUACACGCGAACAUGCAGCAGCAGUCGGUGAAAUCAUCCGGCACCUCGCAAAUUUAUCGAAAGCCGAACGUGAAUGUCAAUAAUUUAAUCGAGAGUUUUCAGUUAUCCGAACGAUUACCGGAAAUGUUGAACAAAGACAACAUCGACAGUAGUAUCAAGACACUCCUGGAAAUCCUUAAUAUUUUGCAUAAUUCGCGGCAAGAAAACUUGCCGCAGCCACAAAGACCGUUAUCGUCGCCCCCUAGAUUGACUAAUUACAAGCCGAAAAUAUACACGCGGCCGAAAGUGAUCACCGAGUCAAGAUUCCAGGCGACACCGAAACCUCUAUUAAUCACCGAUGAUCCCGAACGAUACAAAACCCCGAAUGACGACAAUGUCCAGAUCAAAACACCGUUACAACCAGAUUACAAUAUAAAAAAUGAAAAAAUAGAAUACUAUGUCCCUUAUGUUCAGAAUAUUUUAAACAAACCUAAUCAACAAGAAUUCAGACCAACUCCCAGGCCUGAUACGACUGAACACACCUACGAGAUCACGGAAGAUCUUAGUGACGACAUUCUACAGGACGAACCAUACACCUUACCGAUUUCUACUGAAGCACCUAUAAAUCAGGAAUAUGUAGCGCCCAACGAAAUUACGCGCCCGGGACCAAAAACAUCCUUGAAGUAUGGUGCGACGCGCGGAAAACCCCAUAUCGAUUAUCCGGCAUACGCGACCAUACCGGCAACAGAUUUCAAUUGUAAAGAUCAAAGGUACAAAGGGUUCUUCGGUGAUCCAGCGACUAGAUGCCAAGUGUGGCAUUACUGCGAUCUCAACGGUGGUAAAUCGUCGUUUUUAUGUCCGAACGGCACGAUAUUUAGUCAAGUAGCGUUGACCUGUGAUUGGUGGUUUAAUGUAAAAUGCGAGACAACUACUCAACUAUACGUUUUAAACGAACGAUUAUAUAAAUAUAUUCUGCCUAUUAUGCCCAAGUUUCCCGAGGAUUUUACCGGUCCAGAAGUAGAUCGAUACUUAGAACUCAAGUUUAAAGAGAUGGAGGCAAAAUUAAAGGAAAAGAAACUAAAGAAACAGCAAGAGGAGAAGGAAAAACAUAAGAGCAAAACUCAAACAUCGAACGACGAAGAGUAGACGCACAUACAUAAAACGAUAUGUACUAAAUAAUUUAAUCGUAACGUAUAAUAUCUGACUCGUUGCCAUUAUAAUAUAUAUUGUAAUCGUAAGUCCAUAAGAUUACGAUUACGAAGCCGAAGAGCUUGCAGAUUCGGAAGAGUGCAAUAUAUGAUAGAGUUAUAAUAAGUUAUGAUAAGAUUAUCUUAUAGUCUGUUACGGGUAUAAAAUGGCUGAUGAUAUUAUGUAUUUUUUCUAUUAUCUCUAGUCAUAUGCGUAUUAUGCUCUAUUUAUCACCGAAAAUGCUCGCUUAUCUUAUGGAGCUUUAUCUCUUUUGGCCUAGCUGGCCUAAAUUUAUUUAU